AUGAGUGGGGACGCAGAAUAUAUUAGCACCAACUACAACAUGCGGAACAACGCAAAGCAAUCGUAUUGGGCGCAGCGGACGAACCUGGAGAAGAGGCUGAUGGUGGCGGCGGGCGUGGCCGGGAUGCUCGCCGUCGCCUUCCUCGCCGCCUUCCUUGCCACCGCCUACCUGAAGACGACCAACAUCAACGACAUGCCACAGACUAGUGAACUGAGAAUUUCUCCAUCCAUGCCGCCCGCGGUCAUCUCAAAAGGAUCGUAUGACGAUAUCUGCAAUACGCCGGGAUGCAUCCACACAGCGUCGAGGCUGCUGAACAACAUGAACGACCAGGUGGACCCGUGCGACGACUUCUACGACUUCGCUUGCGGCUCCUUCAUUAAGAACACGCGCAUCCCGGACGAUAAGACCUCCGUGAACACCUUCUCCAUCAUCACGGACCAGCUGCAAGAGCAGAUCAGGACCCUGCUGGAUGAGCCCAUCGCGAAGAAUGAGCCGAGACCCUUCGUUCUGGCCAAGACCCUGUACCAGGCGUGCAUGAACAGAACCGCGAUCGAGGCGCGCGGAGUCACACCUCUCCUGGACAUGCUGCGCCGUCUCGGCGGCUGGCCCGUCCUGGACGGGGACACCUGGGACGAGCGCUCCUUCUCCUGGGUGGAGUCGGUCUACAAGUUCCGCUCCGCCGGCUACUCCGUGGACUACUUCCUCGACUUCUCCAUCAGCGUCGACGUGAAGAACUCCACCAAGAGGAUCAUUGAUCUCGACCAGGCCUCGCUCGGCCUCAGUAGGGAGUACCUCAAUCGGGGCUUCAGCGACAAGCUGGUCCAGGCGUACUACGCGUACAUGGUGGACAUCGCAGUGCAGCUGGGGGCCGAGCGCUCCCGAGCCGAGGUAGAGCUGAAGGUCUCGCUGCAGUUCGAGAUGAAACUCGCCAACAUUUCCUUGCCACUCGAGAAGCGUCGUAACGCCACCAGCCUUUACAACCCCAUGACGAUUGCCGAGCUCGAGAGGACAUUCCCCACGAUUCCGUGGCUGACUUACAUCAACCGCCUGUUGGCCCCUCACCUCACGGUCGGCCCUGAGGAGAUCACCAUCGUCAACGUGCCUCAGUACAUCAGCGACCUGGAGGUGUUGAUGGAGACGACCCCCAAGCGCGUGCUGGCCAACUACGCGAUGUGGCGCGUGGCGGCUGCUUCCGUGUCCUACCUGACCGAGGGGGUCCGGAGCAGACAGCUCGCCUACGUCACCGCCCUCUCCGGGAAAACGGAGCGCGAGAGCCGCUGGAAGGAGUGCGCGGACACGACCAGCAUGAGCCUCUCGAUCGCCGUGGGCGCCCUCUACAUCCGCAAGUACUUCGACGAGGGCUCGAAGGCGAACGCCCUCGAGAUGGUCUCCGACAUCCGGCAGCAGUUCAGGCGCACCCUCGCCGAGGUGGAGUGGAUGGACGAGACCACGCGGCGCGCCGCCAUCGAAAAGGCGGACGCGAUGGCCGCCCACAUCGCGUACCCCGGCGAGAUGCUCGACAACGACAAGCUCACCGAGUUCUACACAGGGUUGGAGAUGUCCGCCGACAAGCUGAUGGAGUCGGUCCUCAACCUGACCCUCUUCGGAACUGAGUACCUGUUCAAGAAGCUGCGGGAGCCGGUCAACAAAACCGACUGGGUGACCCACGGCCGUCCAGCCAUCGUCAACGCCUUCUACUCCUCCAUCGAGAACAGCAUCCAGUUCCCUGCCGGCAUACUGCAGGGCGCGUUCUUCUCGGCGACUCGGCCCGCCUACAUGAACUACGGCGCCAUCGGCUUCGUGAUAGGCCACGAGAUCACGCACGGCUUCGACGACCAGGGACGUCAAUUCGAUAAGAACGGCAACCUGAUAGACUGGUGGGAGGCGGAGACCAUGCAGAAGUACCUCCAGAAGGCGAAGUGCAUCAUCGACCAGUACUCCAACUACACCGUCAAGGAGGUCGCCAUGAAGCUGAACGGGGUGAACACCCAGGGCGAGAACAUCGCGGACAACGGCGGCAUCAAGGAGGCUUACUACGCCUACGAGGCGUGGACCAAGAGGCACGGCGAGGAGCGCCGCCUCCCCGGCCUCGAGCGCUACAGCCCCAAACAGCUGUUCUGGCUGAGCGCGGCGAACACGUGGUGCGCCGUGUACCGCAACGAGGCGAUCAAGCUGCGCAUCACGACCGGCUUCCACGCGCCGGGCCGCUUCCGCGUGCUGGGGCCCCUCGCCAACAUGGCCGAGUUCUCGCGCGACUUCCGCUGCCCGCCCGGCGCGCCCAUGAACCCCAGCCGCAAGUGCAAGACUGUG